CUUCAGGAUAGUCGCUGUAAAAGCACGUGCGGUGGUGUUUAUCGGUGUUACUGCAGCCAUGGGGAAGAAAGCGAGCAAACGGAACACGUUUAAUUACAAUGUGGACCGCAAGAAACUCCGCCUGAAAAUGAUUAAGAAAAACAAACCGAGGAUUGAGUGUCCACAGAUCCGGAAAGCAUGGGAUAUGCGAAAAACCGCCAAGCAGAACAUGCAGGACAUGGGCCUGGCGUUCGGCACCAAAGGAGUGCUUCCCAUCGCGGGCAAGGCCAACAAUGAACCUGUGGAUCAGAUCAUAAAACCUUACGUGCUCAAAGAGAUGGAAAAAGAGGCCAGUCUUCCGAGAAAGGACAACACGACGUGUUCGAGUGACCUCAUCGAAUUCGUCCAGCAUAUGAUCAGGGAACACGGCGAAGACUACAAGGCCAUGGCGCGAGAUGAGAAGAACUACUACCAAGACACGCCGAAACAAAUCAAAAGGAAAGUGGAACUGUACAAGCGGUGUCACCUCGAGGAGUACACCGCGUUCGUGGCAUCUUUGCAGGCGCAGACGUCAGCCUGAACGGAACCUGUUGUGUCAUCAGGGACGAUGUAAAUGGACUGCUGAGACUACGUCUUUUUACAUGUGUAUAUACAUGUAUAAUAAGUUUUAUAGAUUUUUUUUUUUUUGAGUGAGCUUGUUCUACUCUAAAAUUAUAAUUAUAUAUAUAUUUAAUUGUAUAAUAGCAUAAGUUUUACUAUAUGCAAAAAAAUAUAUAUAAACCAUUAGAGAGAUCAACUUUUUUUUUUUUUUUUUUUUUUUAAACAUUCAAAGACCUGUUUCAAGGUUGAUCUUGUGUUCUUGUUCUGAGAUGCUUUUCUGAACACCGCAGUUAGCAGGACUGUGGUGUCUGAAGUUUUAAACUGGAUUGGAAAAUAAAAUCCAUUAAGAGACGAUUCAAAUGCAUACUGUAUAACUCAAGGUAGAUAUUUAGUAACUUAGUGGGAAUAAAGCUUAAUGG